AAAAGUUUAGGGUUUCUAGAGAGAGAGAGAGAGAGAGAGAGAGAGAACGAACGAACUAACGAUGGCGAUGGCUUCUUGUGAAUUCGGCGACGUUGUGGCUUCUUGUGUCGGAGUAGGUGAAUUAGGCGACGUUGAGCGCAAUCGACCAGUUGGAGUAGGUGGAGCCGUCUGGUACGACGGAGAUCCCGCCAGCUGUCAUGUUCCUAGUCACUUGAAACUAUUGGUGGAAUAUGCCGAAACUGCUGUUGAUGUCUACAACAAAACACAUCUGAAGAAAUACUGUUUUGUGGAGCUGCUGUUUGCAACCAUAUCAAUGUAUGCAGGCGGUACGUCGGAUAUUAUUUUUACCGUUAAGCCUGAGCCUGAGGAGGAGGAGGAUGCUGUUGAUAAGAAAACCCGAACUGUUCGAGCUCGGGUUUCCGUCACAUGUCAUUAUGUAUAUGCAGUGGGUUUUGAAUUUGUCCCUGGUGAUGACUGGAAAGCCUUCCAUAUGCAUAAUCCAUUUUGUAUUGAGAAACUGGAGAAUAAUUCAACGAAAAACAUUCCGGCGAAGAAAUCGCUAGAUUGCUCUGUCUUGUACGACGGAGAUUCGACCCACUGUGAUGAAAAAUCAAUGAAUGUCCUCAGAGAAUGUGCCACAUUAGCUAUUGAUGUCUACAACAAAACACAUGAAAUCAAAUAUAAUUUGCUGGACAUGGUGAAUGCAAGUGGGGAUUUAUCCACAUGCUCUAUGGUGGAUUUAAUGUUUACAGCUAUGGCAGUGCACCAAAUAGACGAAGAUGAUAAGUAUCCCAAAACCUUUACAACACGGGUUUCCAUUACAGAUAACUAUGUGGAGUUUGUUGAACUUGUCCCUCCUGAAGCCCACCUGCUCUAGGUGAUUACAGCCACCGGGAUAUAAAUAUAUAUAACAUAUGCCUAUGGAAUAUUAAGUUGUUAAUUUUCAUGUAACUCGGGUUGUGAACUGAUUUUAUUUGUUUAUUUGUGAAAAAUGUGAUGCCUGGAAGGCAGGAACAAUGCUCUAAUCAUUAUGUAUUUUGACAAUUUGCUUGCUACUGCUAGAUUAUGGUGUUUGUUGUCCAAGUUAUA